CAGCUGCGACGUGGCCGGCUUCUUCUGCCCGGGCGGGGACGUCACUUCCGCCGAAUCCCUGACCUGCUGCUAGGAUCGCGACGGGAACUGGAGCCCGAGGUCCCCGCGCGGACCGGGCCUGGCGCCCCGAGGGGAAGCGCAGCCCAGCCCGAGCCAUGACGGACGGGAUCCUAGGGAAGGCAGCCACAAUGGAGAUCCCCAUCCAUGGGAAUGGCGAAGCUGGGCAGCUUCCUGAAGAUGAUGGGCUGGAGCAGGACCUCCAGCAGGUGAUGGUGUCAGGACCCAACCUCAAUGAAACCAGCGUUGUGUCUGGUGGCUAUGGGGGCUCUGGUGACGGACUCAUCCCCACAGGGUCUGGCCGCCAUCCAUCUCACAGUGCCACUCCUGCGGGCCCCGGAGAUGAGGUGGCUCGGGGCAUCGCUGGAGAGAAGUUCGACAUCGUCAAGAAAUGGGGCAUCAACACAUAUAAGUGCACAAAGCAGCUGAUAUCAGAGCGAUUUGGCCGAGGCUCUCGGACUGUGGACCUGGAGCUGGAGCUGCAGAUUGAGCUGCUGCGUGAGACAAAGCGCAAGUAUGAGAGUGUCCUGCAGCUGGGCCGGGCGCUGACAGCCCACCUCUACAGCCUGCUGCAGACCCAGCAUGCACUAGGUGACGCCUUUGCUGACCUGAGCCAGAAGUCCCCAGAGCUUCAGGAGGAAUUUGGCUACAACGCAGAGACGCAGAAGCUGCUGUGCAAGAAUGGAGAGACACUGCUAGGGGCUGUGAACUUCUUCGUCUCUAGCAUCAAUACAUUGGUCACCAAGACCAUGGAAGACACACUCAUGACUGUCAAACAGUAUGAGGCUGCCAGGCUGGAGUAUGAUGCCUACCGCACAGACUUAGAGGAGCUGAGCCUAGGCCCUCGGGAUGCAGGGACACGUGGUCGACUUGAGACUGCCCAGGCCACUUUCCAGGCCCAUCGGGACAAAUAUGAGAAGCUGCGGGGAGAUGUGGCCAUCAAGCUCAAGUUCCUGGAAGAGAACAAGAUCAAGGUGAUGCACAAGCAGCUGCUGCUCUUCCACAAUGCCGUGUCCGCCUACUUUGCUGGGAACCAGAAACAACUGGAGCAGACCCUGCAGCAGUUCAACAUCAAGCUGAGGCCUCCGGGAGCUGAGAAGCCCUCCUGGCUAGAGGAGCAGUGAGCCGCUCCCAGACCAACCCGGCUAUCAUAAAGACACUGGGAGGGGCAGUCCCAGGGUGGGGGAGAUCGCACACGGGACGUCCCUUGCCACCUGCCCUCAGGCAUGGGCUCCUUUCCCCUUGCUGGGGACUGACACCAGUUUUGCCCACAUUGCUGUGGGUAGGGAUGGGGCCUGCAGGCCGAGCAGCAGCUGCCCUGUCCCAUAUCUUCCUGGCCACUGGGCUUUGUUCCCAGAUCUCUUCCUUCCACUCCACAGCCAAAGGCUAUGACAAAACUCCUCCCUGGCCAAUGGUAUUGCUCAGGCCUGUCCCCAGCUCCUGGGGUGUGCCCCCCGACCAACGGCAGAGCCUCAAAAGGCCCUGUCAGCCAAAGGCAGCUCUUCUUGGGCUCCCCUGGGCCAAUGAUGUUGCCUCCAAUACCCUUUGUCCCUCCUCUAUGCGUGCCCGUUGCAGAGAAAGGGACUUGGGACCAAAGGGGUGGGAAUAAUGGGGAGCCCCAUUUCUGGCCCUGCAUCAGAAUGGGCACCCCCUCACCCAUCCACCCAGUUUCAUUGUGCUUAGAGCCCUGGAAGAUUGGGACCUAGCACUAGGAAUAAACCUUUCGUAAAAGCAG